CGGAGGUUCCGUGACCGCGGGCCGGGAGCGGCGGCGCCGGGCCCUGCUCGGGGUCCCCAGGAGAGGAUGGUGUAAGGCCAGCUGUGCUGCCCCUCGGAGCCGCGUGGUGCCCGGAGCUCAGGGAGGAGCAUGGCCGCAGCUCAGGGAGCGGGAGGCGGCUCGGGCCCAGCCGCGCCCUCGGGCCCGCCCGCUUCUGCCCCGGGGCACGGCAGCGGCUCCACGGCGGUGGCGGUGUGGGAAUGGCAGGAUGAGUUCGGCAGGUGGAGGCCGUACCGAGGCAAUGUCUGCAGCUACAUUGAGCAGGUUAUCCAGGCCUCGCAGCAGAAGGGCCGGCGCUCGGGGUCGGGGCUGGUCAGCAGCAUUCCUUUGGGACACGCCGAUCCCGCCUUGGCUCCCUAUGUCAUCGACAUUCCAAGCCUGACGCAGUUCCGGCAGGAUACAGGGACCAUGCGGGCUGUCCGCAGGCACGUCUUCCCGGGGGACUCUGCCGCUGGCCAGGGCGUCGUGUGGGAGUGGCAGAACGACGAGGGCGGCUGGUCCCCGUACGAGAUGAACGUCUGCGUGUUCCUGGAGCAGGCCCGUGCCACCAACCACCAGCGAGUGGAUCUGGGGCCCUUGGGCUACAACUAUGAAGUUGACUUUGUGGCUCAGGUGCAGACCAACAAGAGCACGCGCUUCCGCCGCAGCGUUCAGAGGCGCUUGGACGCCCCGUACCCGGUGACCACCUCCACCACACCCCUUCACACUGGCGUGGGAUGUUCUUGCCAGCAGUGCUGGCCAAACAGCGGGACUGGCCCCAUCACCACGCGCUACCGACACUCCACAAACUCCCCCAACUCUGCCACUGCUCAUCAGGUUCCCGGGAGGACAGCAUCUGUAAGUUCCUCCAACGUCGGCUUCGUGCCCUAUAACAAACCUGCUUUGACUGGAGCGAGGUCAACACCGAGACUCAAUGCACAGAGCACCUUGGUUUUGGCUCAGACUGGGAACCUCAGUGCAGCAUUGGCAGCAUCUAAUGGAGUCAGUGCCCAGGCCCUGCCUGUCAAGAUGUCCAAAUCCAGCAGGGUGAGCCAGGCCCUGGCAGCCACGCCAACAGAGCCAGAGUCAGUGGUGAAGAAGUACCUGGAGGAGCUGAAGGGAGCUCCUGCUGAUGAGGACUGCAUGAUCUGCAUGGAGAAGCUCUCCUCCCCCUCGGGCUACAGCGACUCGUGCCCCUCCAGCAGCAUCAGGCCAGAGGCCGUGGGACGCCUGAGGAGCUGCCAGCACUCCUUCCACCUGCUCUGCGUGCUGGCCAUGUACUCCAACGGGAACAAGGAUGGCAGUUUGCAGUGUCCCUCCUGUAAAACCAUCUACGGGGAGAAAACCGGUACCCAGCCCAAAGGGAAGAUGGAGAUCUCCACUUUCCCCCAGUCCCUGCCAGGACACAAGGACUGUGGGACAAUCAGGAUUGUGUAUCACAUCAGCAGGGGCAUCCAGGGCCCAGAGCACCCCAACCCUGGGAUGCCAUACACAGCCAGAGGCUUUCCUCGCUAUUGUUACCUGCCAGACAAUGAGAAGGGCAGGAAGGUGCUGGAGCUGCUGAAGGUGGCCUGGAAGCGACGCCUGAUUUUCACAGUGGGCACCUCCAACACCACGGGCGAGAGCAACACGGUGGUGUGGAACGAGAUCCACCACAAGACUGAGAUGGACUCAAACCUCAGUGGCCAUGGCUACCCCGACCCCAACUACCUGGACAAUGUGCUGGCAGAGCUGGCUGCCCAGGGUGUCACUGAGGACUGCCUGGGCCAGUGAGCCUCAGGGGCCACUAGUGCACUUAUUCCUGAUGCCUUAAGCUCCCUGUCUGACCACCCAUCACACUGAGCAAUAACAGUUCUGUGGGAGCCCUGCCCGCUCUUCACAUUUUUUUGGUGGGGGGGUGUGGGGGAGGGAAGGAUAUUUUUGUAGAAGCUGUGCUUGUGUCUCUGGGUGGGAUUGAUGGCUGCAGCCUGGAGCAGCUGGGAUGGGACUGAGGUGACAAAUCCCCUGGGGAAGGCAGGACCUUCCUUUGGGAAUGCCUGGGGACAGGAUGGGAGAGGAGAGUGCCUUGGAACUCAAGGUCCUUGUUUUGGGACACAUCAGCUCCCUGUCUGAGGCACCUCUUGCCUCCCUCCUGCUGUGUAUCUCUGCUCAGCCCCAAUAAACUCUUCAUUCUCACAGCAAGA